AAUUAUUUUCUUCUAACCGGGGUUAGUAGAACCACGGUUCAAUUCUGACGAAAGAAGUUACCUGGGCAUCGAAAAAGCAAUUGAAAUUGAAAGUUAAAAACAAAAAAAAUGUGGCUCAGGUUAGGGUUUGACUAGGAAACGCAUUUGCAGGUAUUUUGAAAAAGUAUGCGGGUGAAUUGCCAUCGCAGCGGAAAGAUCGCGGCAUUCCGGCGGGGGAUCCAGCUUCGCGAUCUUCUAUUUUUUCUUUGAAAUCCAUGUAUCGACGAAGCUGAUGUUGGAAAACCGCUUUUGCUGUGCUGGAGGGCAGAUUGUAGGCAAGGAAAAGCGCCUCGCAACAGUCGGAUCUGGGGACCAGAACUUUCGGAAGUGACGAGAGGAGGCCUAGUGAUCUGCAGAUUCAUUUUUUUCCCGAAGCAACGCUGUAUGAGGCUUUGAAUUGCUUGGAGGGAUUUGUGUGAUGAAAUCCGGGGGAGGUAUGGCCGGAAAUGGCCGGAAUUCGGCUGCUCCACCUCCUCCGUCACGUCCUACUUCGUCAUCGUCCGCCUCGCCGUCGUCCUCGUCUUCGGCGUUGUCUGCACAUGGGCAUUUAGGGUUCGAAUCUAUACAGCAGCUGCAGCUUCAGCAGCAGCAGCAACAACAGCAGCAUCUGGCCUUUCGACAGUCUUUGCAACAACAACAACAAUCACCUCAGCUUCAAAAUCUAAGAACAGCUGAAGGAGAAGAUUCUCUUACGGCUUAUCAUACUGCUGGUAUGCAUGGAGUAAUAGGUCGCAGUAACCUCCCUUCCUCUUCUAGUGCUCAACCACAAAGGAAAUUUGAUGAUGGCCUGGCUCAGGUACACGAGGAAAGUCAGAGCAGAGGGCAAAUCUUAUCUCAACAAAUGCAGAACCCAGUCCAUCAAGCCUAUCUUCAGUUUGCAUUGCAGAAUGCUCAACAGAAGUAUCAUGGGAAUCUGCUAGCUCAGCAACAAGGUAAAGUUGGUCUGGUUGGCCCAGCUCGGAGGGAUCAAGGCAUGCCUUUGAACAAUUUGAAAAUGCAGGAUCUUGUUUCGCUUCAGACAGCCAACCCGACACAUACGACUGUAUUUAAGCGACCAGGUGAAACUUUUCCACAUUUUGAGAAUCAGAUGGAGCAGUGCCAAACUAGUAUAGAUCAGCAAAGCGAGCUUAAACAUCCUCAGAUGGUCACAGGACAAUUUACUGCUACAAAUGUGUCAAGGCCUAUGCAAUCUCUAAAUCCACAAGCAAUCAUGCAGAAUACUUCAAGUAGUCAAAUGGCUAUACAGUUGCAAGCAAUGCAAACUUGGGCUCAGGAGCAUAACAUUGAUCUCUCUCUUCCUUCAAACUUAAACCUGAUCACUCAAUUUUUUCCAUUUUGGCAACAGGACAGAACGGUGGCAUUUCAGAAGCAGAAUGAACCCAACAUGGCAGCUUCUCAGUCAAACUUGCCUUCAUCAAAACAACAAGUUGGUUUUUCGCAAGGCGGAAAUGAAAAUACUGGUCAAGGGAAUUCAUUAAAUGAACUUGUUACUCAGGGUGGGACUGUCAACAGCCAAAAAAUAUUUACCUCAGGAUCAUUAGUUAAUAACGGCGGUUCUGCCAACGAACCAAAUUUGUACAAUUUGCAAGUACAGCAGCAAGCAUGGCCUCUCAGCAGGGAAAACCUGAAUGAUAAAGUUGUUAAAUCUUCAACUGCUGUUGGAAAUGGGGGUUCUAUGAUGCAAAUGCCAAAUUCUUCUGGUAUUUUGAAACAGAGUUUUGACCAGCUCAGUGUUGAUAAUACAAAUAUAGGCUCUGAUGCGCUAAGGAGGCAGCAUACAAAGUUGGAACCAGGGACCAAAACCACGUCAUCACCAGCUGUUGCUUCUAGUGAGGAUGUGAGUUCUCAGAUGCCACCUCAAAGCGGAUCUAUUCCUAUGUCCCAACAGUCUAUUGGAUUCACAAAACCACAAUUAUUUGUCUUGAAGGCACAAAUAUUGGCCUUUAGGCGUCUCAAGCGUGGCGAACAUGCUCUUCCUCCUGAAGUUCUUCAAGCAAUUGCACCACCUCCACUUGAUAACCAGUUGCGGCAAUUUUCUCCUCCAUCUAGUAUUUCUAAUCAGGAAAGACAAGCUGUGAGCAGCAAUGAAGGACUUGCAAGAAAUGUGCAGAUUGAAGAAAAGGCUCCACAGUUUCCUUCUUUGAGAAAAGGACAUGUCUUUCCUAAAGACGAGUCCUCUAUAGAGGAAAAAAAGGAUAUUACGAGUCACUCACAAAUAACAUCAGGUAUCAACAGUGAAUCUGCACGGUUUGCAUCCCGGGGGAUUGCUGAGCAAAAUAACAAGUCUUUUGUUAAACCUGAGUUGCAAGAGGCGGAAAAAAGUUGUGAAAAUGUAUUGUCCAAAGGUGAUAACAGUGUUGAGAAGAUUAAAGCAGAUGCCGGACAAGUGGAAAAAUCUAUUGCUGUAACCAACAUGCCACUUAAGGAUGUUGUCGUAAGGAAGUAUCAUGGUCCACUUUUUGACUUCCCUUCUUUCACCAAGAAGCAUGAUUUGGGGUCCAAUAGUACUAAUUACACAAGCAAUCUUGCAUUAGCAUAUGAUGCAAAAGAAUUGCUAUUCGAUGAAGGCAUGGAUGUACUCAACAAGAAGCGGGCAGAAAAUUUGAGAAAGAUCAGUGGCCUGCUUGCUGUUAACUUGGAGAGGAAAAGAAUCAGGCCUGACCUUGUUUUAAAACUACAAAUUGAAGAAAGAAAGCUCAAACUUCUAGAUCUUCAAGCUCACUUACGAGAUAAGGUCGAUCGAGAACAAGAAGAGAUAAUGGCGAUGUCUGAUAGACCAUAUCGAAAGUUUGUCAAACAGUGUGAGCGGCAACGGAUUGACCUCAUUAGGCAAGUUCAACAACUACAAAAGGUUUCUAGAGAAAAGCAAUUAAAAUCCAUUUUUCAAUGGCGUAAGAAGCUUCUGGAGUCUCACUGGGCUAUUCGUGAUGCAAGAACUACUCGCAAUAGAGGAGUUGCUAAAUAUCACGAGAGAAUGUUGAGAGAGUUUUCUAAGAGAAAAGAUGAUGAUAGAAACAGAAGGAUGGAGGCCUUGAAGAACAAUGAUGUUGAUAGAUAUCGUGAGAUGUUGUUGGAGCAGCAAACAAAUGUUCCUGGUGACGCAGCUCAAAGAUAUGCUGUUUUGUCUUCUUUUUUGUCUCAGACUGAGGAGUAUCUUCUCAAGCUUGGAGGAAAAAUAACAGCAGCAAAGAAUAACCAAGAGAUGGAAGAGGCAGCCAAUGCUGCUGCUGCAGCUGCAAGAGCUCAGGGGUUUUCAGAUGAAGAAGUCAAGGCUGCAGCUACCUGUGCAGGGCAGGAGGUUUUCAUUAGAAACAAAUUUUCAGAAAUGAAUGCUCCAAAAGAAAAUUCAUCCGUAAACAAGUAUUACAAUUUAGCGCAUGCUGUGAGCGAGAGAGUUAUCAGACAACCAUCAAUGUUGAAAACUGGAACUUUGCGAGAUUAUCAGCUUGUUGGGCUGCAGUGGAUGCUGUCCUUGUAUAACAAUAAGUUGAAUGGUAUUUUGGCAGAUGAGAUGGGUCUUGGCAAGACUGUGCAGGUUAUGGCAUUGAUUGCUUAUUUGAUGGAGUUUAAAGGGAACUAUGGGCCACAUCUCAUUAUAGUUCCAAAUGCUGUUUUAGUAAAUUGGAAGAGUGAGCUGCUUAAUUGGUUGCCUUCUAUAACAUGCAUAUUUUACGUUGGAGGAAAAGAUCAGCGGUCAAAGCUCUUCGCACAUGAAGUUUUGUCUGUUAAAUUUAACGUGCUUGUUACAACAUAUGAAUUUAUCAUGUAUGAUCGCUCAAAACUCUCUAAAAUUAAUUGGAAGUACAUCAUCAUCGAUGAGGCUCAACGCAUGAAGGAUAGAGAAUCUGUUCUUGCCCGUGAUCUUGAUAGGUAUCGUUGCCAGAGACGUUUGCUUCUCACUGGAACUCCUUUGCAGAAUGAUUUGAAGGAAUUGUGGUCCCUCCUUAAUUUACUUCUCCCAGAAGUGUUUGAUAACCGGAAAGCAUUUCAUGAUUGGUUUUCUAAGCCCUUUCAGAGGGAUGGUCCUUCACAAAACAGCGAGGAGGAUGAUUGGCUUGAAACUGAGAAAAAGGUGAUCAUUAUUCACCGACUGCAUCAAAUUCUGGAACCGUUUAUGCUAAGACGUCGUGUCGAAGAUGUGGAAGGUUCUCUUCCCCGCAAGGUGUCCAUCGUGUUGAGAUACCGAAUGUCAGCCAUGCAAAGUGCCAUAUAUGAUUGGAUUAAGUCCACCGGUACCAUUCGAGUCAACCCUGAGGAUGAGCUGCACAGAGCUCAGAGGAACCCAAUGUACCAGAUCAAGAUGUAUAAAAGUCUUAAAAAUAAAUGCAUGGAACUGCGCAAAGUUUGUAAUCAUCCUCUUCUUAACUAUCCCUAUUACGACUAUUCCAAGGACUUUAUUGUGAGGUCUUGCGGUAAACUUUGGAUUCUCGAUAGAAUUCUCCUAAAACUUCACAGGUCUGGCCACCGUGUCCUUCUUUUUAGCACUAUGACAAAACUACUUGAUAUAAUAGAGGAAUACUUGCAAUGGCGCAAUCUUAUCUAUAGAAGGAUUGAUGGUACAACAAGCCUAGAGGAUCGGGAGGCUGCAAUUGUGGACUUCAACAGUCCUAAAUCUGACUGUUUCAUCUUUUUGUUAAGUAUUCGUGCUGCUGGGCGGGGUCUAAAUCUCCAAAGUGCAGACACGGUUGUAAUAUAUGAUCCAGAUCCAAAUCCACAAAAUGAGGAACAGGCAGUUGCUAGGGCUCAUCGUAUUGGGCAGAAGAGAGAGGUUAAAGUUAUAUAUAUGGAAGCUGUUGUUGACAAAAUAACGAGCUUUCAAAGAGAAGAUGAGAUAAGGAUUGGUGGUGGGGGAGAUUUAGAUGAUGAACUAGCUGGUGAAGAUAGAUAUAUUGGCUCUAUUGAGAGUCUUAUUCGGAACAAUAUUCAGCAGUAUAAGAUUGAUAUGGCAGAUGAGGUCAUAAAUGCUGGUCGUUUUGAUCAGAGAACAACACAUGAAGAACGUAGAAUGACUUUAGAGACAUUGUUACACGAUGAAGAAAGAUACCAAGAAACUGUGCAUGAUGUUCCCUCGCUUCAAGAGGUGAAUCGGAUGAUUGCACGUACUGAAGAAGAGGUUGAGCUUUUUGAUCAAAUGGAUGAAGAAUUUGAUUGGACGGGGGAUAUGGUAAAAUAUAGUGAAGUUCCAAAGUGGCUUUGUGCUGCCACUAAGGAGUUAAAUGCUGUUACUGCUAGUUUAUCUAAGAAGCCAUCAAAGAACAUGCUGGAAAGCAAUAUUCAUAUGGAUCACACUGAGAUAUUUUUUGGUUCAUCCCUAAAUAGAUCUGAGAGAAGGGGCCGUCUAAGAGGUUCAUCAAAUACCAAAAAUUUUUCCAUUUAUGCGGAAUUUGAUGAUGAAGAUGGUGAAGAUUUUGACGCUAGCUCAGAAGAUUUGUUAGGUGAGGGAGAGGGUGAGGGAGAGGGAGAGGGAGAGGGAGAUGGAGAUGAAGAAAUUGGGGAACUUGAAGAAGAAGAGCUUAAUGGUGCAAUUAAUGUGCCUCCAGGUAACAAGGACCAAUCAGAUGAAGAAGGAUUGAUUUUCGAUGAUAGUAUUUACAAUUCCUCCCAGAUAAUGGAGCGUCGCAGAAGUAUUCAUUUGCCUGAAGAAGCAGGAUCCACGGGCUCUUCUUCUGGAAGUAGAAAGCUCACACAACCUGUUACGCCUUUUUCAUCUCAAAAGUUUGGAUCACUUUCUGCAUUAGAAUCUAGGAAAUGCACUUCUUCAAAAAGUACGCCAGAUGAGCUGGAAGAAGGAGAAAUUGCUGUGUCAGGGGAUUCUCAAAUGGAUCUUCAACAAUCAGGAAGUUGGGCUCAUGACCGCGAAGAGGGUGAAGAAGAACAGGUUCUUCAACCAAAAUUUAAACGGAGGCGCAGUAUUCGGAUUCACCCAAGAUAUAAUGUUGAAAAACUUGUAGAGAAAUCCAAUAAUAAUAGGAAUUUUUUAGAGCAUGGGUCGCAAUUGUUCUUGCAGAGGAAUCAUGAUUGUGAUUUACAGUUAAGGACUGAACAAGACGUUGAUAUGUUCUCUGAACCGGUUUUAGAUAGGAUGGAUGUGAGCUCUUCUUCAUAUAAGAAGAGACGGAAUUUACCAUCAAGAAAAGCUAUUUCAGUUACAAAAGAAAAUUCUGGUAAGUCAGCUUAUGGUUCUGGUCCUUCUGGACCUGCCGAGGAUGCAGCUGAACAUUCCCGGGGAAGUUGGAAUGAGAGGGCUGUUAGCAUUGCCAGCCAAAACUUCGUGGGCUCCAAAAUGCCAGAGAGUACUCAGAGGAAGUGCAAAAAUGUGAUCAGCAAGCUUCAUAGGAGAGUAGAUAAAGAUGGCAGUCAAGUUUUCCCUGUCCUAUGGAAUUUUUUGAAGAGGAAUGACAAUUAUGGCGUAAAGAGUCUUAUGGGAAGGACUAGUUCUCUCCUAGACCUACAAAAAAUUGAACUGAAGGUGGACAAUGCAGAGUACAAUGGUGUGGCGGAUUUCAUAGCAGAUGUGCAAUUGAUGUUGAAAAGUAUUGUUCAGUAUUGCAACUACUCUCAUGAGGUGAAGUCCGAAGCUGUGACGAUUCACGACAUAUUCUUCGAUAUCAUGAAGAUCGCUUUUCCUGAGUCCGACUUCCGAGAAGCUCGAAGUGCACUUGCAUUCUUCGCUUCUACAUCAACCGGAGCUUCGCCAUCGCCAAAGCCAACAUUGUUGAACCAAAGCAGAAGACAUUCUCAGAUGGAGGAAUCCCGGCCAAACCCUAGCCCUACCAAGGCUCGUGGACAUGCCUCCACCCUCCAAGAGGAUAGGCAGGACUUUGCCGCUCCUGCACACCCAGCGGAUCUCGUCAUCUGCAAGAAACGGAGGAAUGACAGAGAUAAGCAGCGAGUGGGCCCCUCUUCCCCAGUCACCCCUCGUUGGAUGGGACCACACCUGCCCCCAACUCAUCAGAACAGGUCUCCAAUGGCAAACAGAAGUGCAAGGACUCCAUUCCAGCGAGAGGCUCCUCAUAUGAUUCAUCCAGAUGUAAGCGGCGGUGGUUUUUCUCCAGGUUUGAAGGAGGUUCAGUGGGCUAAGCCUGUUAAGAAAAUGAGAACAGAUUCUGGAAAAAGGAGGCCAAGCCAUUUAUGAUUGUAGCUGAUGUGCAUAUUGAUUUAUACUGCUGAUCAUUUAGGUUCAACUGGUUCGCAGAGGUAGUUCUUUUUUCCCCCAACUAUUCCUGUAACGCUUCAUCACAUUUCUAAUUUAUUUUUCAUACUUGGAAUCGGUUGGGAGUUGUGUCGGUUGCGAAAGAAGGGCUUCUUGAAAAUGUCCAUAUUGUUGCCCUCCUCUGUAAUUUUGAAGGUGUUAUUCCUACUGAAACUGGAGUGUUCAAACCUCACACAAAGGGUGCCUGGAGUUGUAUCAUAAAAAAAAAAAAAGGAGAACUGGUAUGAGAUGCAAUAUUUGAAUUAAUGGUAUCUCAUCAUUCUUUUAGUUAUUCCUAACAAAUCAAGAGGUUAAGACUAGUGCUGCAACAUAUUAGAUUGUAAUAUACAUGGUACAAUAAUUGAGCCAUUUUCAACCAGAAA